AGAUGAUCCCAAGUCCUGCGCACGGCGGUUGCUAGCAUCGUCGAAAAUUCACAGCCUGCUCCCACCCCCAGCCGGCAACACAACGCUGCCAUGUCGCACGCCCGCGUGGAAGAGAUUUCCGACUCGGACUCGGAUCCGGAUAUCGACGACAUCUCCACCGUCGUACCCGCCCCUGCCCCCUCACAGCGCCAUCCCUCCAUCCUAAACCCCUCCGUCGUGCCCACGACGGAGGCAUCUGCGCCGCGGACGCCCAACUUCGAUGCUGCGACUGCCAAGCGCUGGGUGUGCCUGUACCCUGUCUACUUCGAUGCGAACAAGACGCGCCAGGAGGGACGACGGGUGGGCAGCCAGCUGGCUGUCAAGAACCCCCUUGCCAGAACGAUCGCAGACGCAGUUGCCCAGGCAGGUCUGAGGGUCUACUUCGAUGCCGGCAAGACGCAUCCGAAAGACUGGUCGAACCCGGGGCGGGUGAAAGCAGAGCUGCGGGAUCAGGAUGGGAACCUCAAGCGGCCCAACAUCAAGAACAAACACCACCUUUAUAUCCUUGUUGCAAAGUACCUGCAGGCACACCCGACCACGCCAGAAACGCCGUUCAAGCUGCCGAUUCGAGGAAUGCCUCUGCCGGAAGAGCCGCCUCCGCCGCCGAGCGCGCCGCGGGGCUGGAAGCUGAACACGAUCCUGCCUCUACAUAGCCCCGCGGUCACGGGCGGAGGCGUCAGCGAGAAUCUGCUCAAGGACAUGAUGGCUGAGAUGCAGGGCGGUUCUCCCGGAGGCUCGGGCUCGCUGACGCCCAGCGGGGGGAGCAAGAAGAAGGACAAGAAGAAGGGCAAAUGACGAGGUCGCGAUUCAACUGUUAUACGACGUGAGACAAGAUACGGAAGUCGUGGCGAAACCGUGGCGAUGUCGUCAACCAGAGGGUUGCACCUCGCAAUACUAAAAGGGCGAAAAAAAAAAUUUCCACAGGCUGGCACGCCGAAAGGACCGAGUCACAAGUCCGUUGGAGAUUAGAGCCGAUAUACCAGCUUCCGCAUAGACGGCCGUGCAAUGCCGACAGCCUCCGCAAGGCUUUCCCCCCUCCGCGUCGGGCAACGCAGAAAGGCGGGCAUUAGAGCAAGGUAGAUGCGUCGUCAGGCGGUAUCAAAACCAUGUUCUGAACCGAUUUCUGCCCCAUCUCGAGACAGACCUGAGCAUUUCUUCGUGCUUUUGCCGCU